GCAAACUUCGACUCCACUUCCUAGUAAUUGUUUAGAGAAGCCUCAAGCAAGCCCUUUUGCUCAGCACCAUGGUGCACUGGACAGCCGAGGAGAAGCAUCUCAUCACCGGCCUCUGGGGCAAGGUCAAUGUGGCCGACUGUGGUGCCGAGGCCCUGGCCAGGCUGCUGAUCGUCUACCCCUGGACCCAGAGGUUCUUCUCUUCCUUCGGGAACCUGUCCAGCCCCACUGCCAUCACUGGCAACCCCAUGGUCCGCGCCCAUGGCAAGAAAGUGCUCACCUCCUUCGGGGAAGCUGUGAAGAACCUGGACAACAUCAAGAAGUGUUUUGCUCAGCUGAGCAAACUUCACUGUGACAAGCUGCACGUGGACCCCGAGAACUUCAGGCUCCUGGGUGACAUCCUCAUCAUCGUCCUGGCUUCACACUUCGGCAAGGAUUUCACCCCAGCCUGCCAGUCUGCCUGGCAGAAGAUGGUCCGUGUGGUGGCCCAUGCUCUGGCUCACGAGUACCACUGAGCUUCCUGCAACCAUUCGCACCAGGAGAUGCUCCCAGAUCACGGGGAAGCAUCCUCUGGGGCUGCUGGUCUGUAACUGCCAAAUAAACACCAACUGCUUCAUCA